AUGUCCUCCGAGACUUGCGAAGUCCCCAUCAUGCUUGAUCUUGAAAGCAGGGGCAUGACCUAUGAGGAUAUCGCCAAGCUCAACCCAUUCUAUGAGGAAUACAGGACCUUCUGGGAUGAUCCUCGCGACGCAUCGGACCUCUCGCUAAGCACAGACGGCUUGUCGAGCUCCUCCUCGCUUCCUUCACUCAUUUCCGGUUCAGACUUUCCUUCUUCAUCCAUCGAUAUGGCAACAUCUCCCCCGUUCCGAACGCAUAUACAUGCUCCGCUGCCUCGCAGUCCCAAAGUGACCUUUCAUAGCGGCGGCCAGUACAACCCCAUCUACGACGAACACCACGAGCUCGAGUCAAGCCAGGUCGCGAUUGUGGACGAGGAUGAUUACCCAAAGAGGCCAUUGUCCCCUGUACGAGAGUGCCUCGACGACAGUGAGCUUGUUGACUCAGUCGACCAUACCUUUGGCUCCGUGAGGUCUUCGCACAAGCAGCUGUUCGGUAACAAGGGCUGGCUUGGCUGCACGGCCGACUUGGAGGCACCGCUGCCAAAGCUGCCAAAGUACAAGAGUCUGAUAGGUCUCGGGAAGAAGUUCAAACAACACGUCGAAGGGAUCGCCUCUGAUAUGGCCAAAGCACAUCCACUCGCCUUCCAAAUGACCCAUCAGUCAAAAAUCAUGCCAACGUCAACCGUUUCUGUCUCCCUAGAUGCAGCAGCACAGUCGAAGCUAUAUUCAGAAAUGGAGAUGAUGAUCUGCGUCAGCGCCAACCAGUUCCUUAUGCAGGAGUACGCCGGCGGCCGUAUUUCAGAGGAAUCUAUCAAGAGGAUAAACAAGUUCUGGGGAUCCAAGAAUCGGCCGGGCGUAGUGGAGUUCCAGUACGACCAAGCCACUCAGCGUCAGCUGAUACUAUCCAACAUUCGAACCCUGCACUUUAACGGAGAAAGUUCAACCAAUCCCAUAGCUCUGCACUCGAAUCUGCACAGCUGGAAGGCAAUUGUCAAGGAAAUGAGCGUUCGAACCUUCUGUGCCCCGGACAGUGUCAUCCGUAAGCACAUACAUGACAUCCAGAAACUUCUGGAUAUGCUGGGCGCACCAAUCGCCACUUUUCUCGCAUUUGAGGAGCUGCAGAUGCGGACUUUGAUUUGGAUGAAGGAGCAGCGCGCGCGGAGAUACCUUGCUGAAGGUGGGCGGGCUAUUUCGCCGAGGACGAGCUAUUCAUCGCACUGA